UGUUAUUGGAUUACCUCGUCACAUUUCAUGGGUAUCAUCUGGUGGACGACGCUGAGGCGCAUACCUCCCAACAGCGCGGGGAUAAUCAGCAGGUCAUCGAAAGCGGCCGCGUACUUGCGGUGACGACACAACUGAUCAAAAUUUUUCCGACGAUUCUCCGACACUGCCAAUCGUCCAAGCCACAGCCUUUCAAAGAACAAGUUCUCUUCGCCGCCAAUUCCUUGGUACUCCCUAAUCUUGUAGUAUAUCUCGCCGUCGCUAGGGGCUUUGUGAUAGUCGUAGUCCUCUACCAGCAUGCGCUUCAGGUCGUCGCUCAGAUCUGCUACACGUCAGCAUGGCACACCUCAUCCCCCCGAAUGACGCACCGUCCAGGAAUAGGUCCACCACCCAGCGCUUGUUCGCGCCCUCCAGCACCUCAUCGGCCGCCGAAAGACGGUCGCAGCCUUGAACACAUUCCAGUUUAAUACCCGGAGGCAACUCAAGUCGAGGGUCUUGGGGCCUAAUGAUAGCCUUCGCAUGAUGGCGAGUAUCUUCCUGACGACAACCGCGCUCCUCCCGAAAUAUCCUCUUCAGCGAUUCGGCAUUUUUACUUUGCGAAGCGGCUUCCGUCCGGACCCUAUCACGAAACUGCAAAGAUGAUACUCUGAUGCUGGCGGUUCCGCAGUAUUUUGCGCGUCGUUCGUCCUCGAGUCGGCGAUUCGCCUCCACAAAGGUGUUCCUGGCCAUUGCCACGAUGAAGGAGGGAACGGCUGCGGAACAAGCGCAGCGGUGUUGCGAAAGCUGAUGACAUUUAUAUGCUUAUGCUGUAACCAGAAGGCAGCAGAAGACGGACGACGGCUAGACAUAGCCAUAUGCGGCUUUCAGGACUUGCUGCGCAUACCUGUCUUUAAAUGCCCUCCAACCCUCCCCCACUGCCAACCUUUACAAUCGUCAGUCCUCAUUGCUUUGCUAUAGGCCGAGUGACAACCAUGGGCCACGAAAAAAUGCCCUCGAAUACUCAGAAUCGAUUGCAAAAACUACGCUCUCAAGGUCACGUUGACCCGUCGAUCCGUGUCGAGCCUCUACGGACUGUCGAAGCCAGCCGAGACGGCAAAAGUGCGAUGGAGAGCGUUCCAAUCAAGGCUUGUCUUCCAUGGAAUGCCUAUGAAGUCAUCUACGCGCUGCACCUGGGAGACAAUGGUCCGGUGGUCGUUGCCGAAAGAAGGGGAAUAUCGUUCGACGUCGUGGAUAUUGGAUGCUUUGAGGCCCUUAGCGACGACCAGAUAAGGAUGCUCAAGGCCAUCCAACACCCGAAUUUUGUCACGGUGCACGAGAUAUAUCGCGCGGAGACCAAAUGCUACGUUGCGUACGAACAUAUGCCUCGGUCCCUUGAAGAAGUAGCAGGAAACCCCUACCUCAGCAGUGAUAGGCUUGCCGCUAUUGUAGGACAAAUUGUCGUAGCGUUAGCGUAUCUGGAGGGAAAGGGACUGCAGCAUGGGCAUCUUGCUUCAUCCCGCAUAUUGUUGCACCCAAGUGGCACAGUCAAGCUCGGGAACCAAGAAGAUUGUACACCAAAUACUUCUACAAAAGACAUCAGGGAUGUUGGCCUUGUCAUGAUGGAGCUAAUGGAAGGCGAUGAUGUUAAGGAUGGGACAACGAUCGGGCUGGAUCAUCCUGAAAGAUGGACUGACAGCGCCAUAGAGUUUCUCAGUGCCACGACGUCGGCCUCGUCAGUCAGCGAGCUUCUAGAGCACCCAUUCCUUCGUUCGUGGCACAAAGCGAAGCUGAAAGGAUUGGCAUCAUUCGUGAUGGCAUGGACCAGACCAGACUAUGAGUACUUAGGGUGGCAGAACAAGCUGUAGACUCUAUGAGGGGGAUGGUA